AUGGCUGCCAACAGGAUCAAUGCCAGAUUUGCAUCAGAACUGAAGGAGCUUGAUAAAUUUAAUAAACUAGAUGCUGAAGCUGAUGAAGGUUGGGCAGGUGCUCAGAUGGAAGUAGAUUAUACAGAACAGCUGAAUUUCAGUGAUUAUGAUGAGCAAGGAAAUCCUUUCCUAAAGAGAAAAGCAGUUACAGUGCCUUUACCAGCAUCCCAGCUUUCGUUAACUAAUUUUGGAUCUACAGGACAACCUCUGAUUGCUUUGCCUCAGACACUUCAGCCCCAGUUACAGCACACAACCCCACAAGCACAAGUUCAGAGCUUGAGCCAUCAUGCCCAAAUAAGCCAGCCUUUUAGAGAAUUAAUCCCUGCUGGAACACAGUAUAGCAUGAUGACGACUGCAACUGCAAGAAAAAUGUCUGAAAUGGAACUAAAAAGAAAAGCCUUUGGGAGUGGCGCUGAUAUCAAACCAGGAACACCUCCAAUUGGUGAUCGAAGCACUCCUCCAACGUCUAGUCCAUUCAUGUCUAUAUCAACAAAUCCAAACAGCCAGUCUAGCAAAAUGACCAGCGUUGUGUAUCAGAAACCGUUCCAGUCAGCCCCUGCCACGGUGAGAAUGGCACAGCCGUUUCCUGCACAGUUAGCACCCAGGGCAAAGCAGAGAGCAGAGGUUCUUCAGUCCACACAGCGGUUUUUCUCUGAACAGCAACAGAGAAAACAGAUAGGAGGCAAAGCCCAGAGAGUGGACAGUGAUACAAGUAAACCUGAAACUGACCCUCCUGGUACCUGCAAAAAAAAAAAAAAAAAAAAAAGUCACUGCUGUAGAAUAUACUUAUAA